AUGAAAACCGAUUUUGAAAAGUUCCUAUCAGACGAGAUCAAACGGUAUAAUACUGUCAGGAAACAAGAAUAUGAAGCAAGAACCGAAAGAGCGAAAAUGCUCAAUCCCCAAUACAGAGCCAUUCAGGCAGAGAAGAAAAUUAGGGAAAAAAAGAGAAAUUUUAGGGAAAAAUUAGUCGAAUUGGCAUUACAUGAAGAGAGAGUGAUGGAUCCAGAGAAAUUGAAAUGCGUACCUCAGUUUGACGCCAAUAUCAAUGAACCGACAUUGGCCGAACUCUCACUUACAAGCACGAAGACAAAACAGCCACAGCAGACCAGCAUCUGCAUCAACUGCAAACAAACAACACCAAUACAGAAGAAUCAGUACAGAUUAUUUAUAAAGCAUGGGUUUGCCGAGAUGAGCUCGAUACCGCCAAUGUCUGAAGACUGGCUCAACAACAUUGAGAACCUCAUACCUCUUUAUCUAAGGAUGGCGAGAUCUGCUCAAUUUAAAAUUCUGCUGAAAGAAGUAACCGACUUGUACGUAGAUAGGAGUAGGCAGAUUGUCGAUUACGAAAAAUUUCAAAAACUCGCAUCUCUCUACGUGUCGGAUUCCUCAAAAUUUCGACCGCCAAAAUCGACGUACAGGGAUGAGCUAAAAAUUUUACCAAAACCGUGGCACAGUCGAUUCGUUCGGAGUAUCGAGUUUUUAUCGAAGAAUCUCUACACAAUACACGUCUGUAUGAGAAAAACUAACACAAUUUGGCAUCAAACUCUUGGAAGUUUGAAGCUGAUCAACGGUUUGUAUUUCGAGACGAGACAAUCGCCAAUGACGUUGGACGAGUUCAUCGGGCUGUGUUACGGACAGAAGAUGGCUCGUUUUUUCGACUGUGCAGCUGUCCUGAUGGAGAAGUUGAUGUUCCAGCUGACCAUAUCAUCCAUCACGGAAUUCACCAUGAUGUUUAAUAGGCAGAUGACGCUGAAUGACCCAGAUAGAAUGCUGAAGAUAAAGAUUCCCAGCAACAUAGUCUUCUUCCAAAAGCUGAUCAUAAAAGACGCGCUGAUGAAAAGUUACCGGUAUCCACUGGAGGCUCGCGAGAGAUAUAAUGACUUGUCCUACAUUGUCGAGGGCAGGCUUACCCAAGAUAUAAUAACGAUGCUAUCGAAAGAGGACGUUAAAUUCGAAGAUAUGACCAGUAUGAUGACGAAACUCAGUGAAUUGAAAGAGACCAUUGAUAAAUUAGAAAAGAAAUUCGUGAAGGAGAAUUUCUUCAUAGACUGCUCAACGCUGAACAAGCAGCUGGGGAAGAUAAUUGAGGUGGACACUGACAGGAUCCUGGAUGCUAUGCACACCAUGCACAGAGCAUUCUUCGAAAAAUUAUGCGCCGAACACGAGCAGCUGAUGGGUGCCUUGUUACAGAAACCAGAGAACACACUCGAGCUGAUGGAGUUUAAGAAGAACGGCGAGAAGAUCAUCGACCAUCAGCUACCAGCCAUAGAACAGGCUGUCAAAAAUGAGACCGCCAAAAUGAUAUACCUGGUCGAGCAGACGACAAUCAGUCCGUAUGAUAUAGCGCUUAAUAUUAACACUUUGAGAUUUGUGUACAGGGUUCCGGAGGUGCUCAUUAAACACGCCUACAUUGUUGAGAAGCAGACGGAACUCUUUCAAGAACAACUACAAGAGAACUUGGAGAAGUUGAUGAAAGACUUGGACGCCUACCAGAAGCAGGUGCAGGAGUUCGGCACGUUGUUCAACAUCAGCGACGUUCCGACCUACCUCAAGAUGGCCAACGCCAUCGAGAAGAAAAUUGACGACGCCGCCAUUCUCGCGGAGAAGUAUAACAGCGAAGAGGAAUGCUUCCAAUUGAAUAUAACGCAUUUUGACCAGCAAAUAAGAAAAAUCUACGACACUUUGAAACCGUAUAAACAGCUCUAUGAGACUAUCAUGGAAUACCUUACUAGUUACAAGGUUUGGAUGAAAGGCCCGCGAGAAAACGUCAUACCGGAUAACACCCGCGUACAAAUUGAAGAGUUCAGCAAGAACCUGCCGAUCAUACAAAACCUUGCAAACCCAAGCAUUCGCGAGAGGCACUGGCUCAAAAUUAGCGAAAUCGUCGGUCGUGACAUCACUCCUAAACCAGAGACAACCUUGGAGCAGAUUAUUGAACUUCACCUAGAAGAAUUUUUGCCACAGUUUGAAGCCAUCGCUGAAGCUGCUAGUAAGGAAUAUACGCUGGAGAAGGCUCUCAUGAAGAUGACCAGUGAAUGGGCGAAUGUGGACAAAAUUUUCAAAGGAAUAAUGAAGCAGGUCGUGCAGGAUGCAAAAGUAACAUCGCUGGUUAACAUUGAGAAGGUCGUUGAGUCGUUCAAACAGUGCAACAAACUACUGGACAUGGUACAGAUGGGAAUGAAUGAUUACUUAGAGAAAAAGAGAUUGUACUUCCCUCGCUUUUUCUUCCUAUCAAAUGACGAACUACUUGAGAUAUUGACGGAAACUAAGGACCCGACGAGCGAGGGUGAAUCCAUCCAACUCUCUCAGACUGUUUCGACUGCAAAGGCCAAAGGUCAAGUAGAAAAAUGGCUCCUCGAACUUGAAUAUUCCAUGGUUUUGUCUAUUAAAAACGUGGUAUCGACCGCCAUAGAAGCGUACCCCCAAAACAAGAGGAGUACUUGGGUGCAGAGUUGGUCCGGCCAGGCUGUACUUUGUGUGUCGCAAUUGUAUUGGACUUCAUACGUGCACGAAGCUAUUGGCCAGGGUCAGUUGGCUCUGAAGAAAUACCUGGCCACUAACAAUAGUCAGAUUGAAAUGUUGGUGACGCUGGUGAGGGGUGAGCUUUCGAAACAGCACCGCAUCAUCUUGCAAGCACUAAUCGUGCUGGACGUACACUCCAGGGAUGUGCUGGCUGAACUAAUCGGCAAAGACGUCAAAUCUGAGAACGAUUUCAAUUGGCUGGCCCAACUCAGAUAUUAUUGGGCGGAAUCUGGUGGAAAAACAUUCGACAUGUUUGUGAAAAUGAUAAACUCCCAGUUGAGAUACGGUUACGAAUACCUCGGUAACACGUCGAGACUCGUCAUCACACCGCUCACUGACCGAUGGGGUGCUCCAGAGGGCCCAGCCGGAACAGGAAAGACAGAAACUACGAAGGAUUUGGCAAAGGCGAUUGCCAAACAAUGCGUCGUUUUCAAUUGUUCAGACGGCCUCGACUACAUCGCACUCGGCAAGUUUUUUAAAGGAUUAGCCACAUGUGGCGCCUGGUCAUGCUUCGAUGAAUUCAACAGAAUUGAUUUGGAAGUAUACUUGCUGGCUCGGAUUCCUUAUUCUUUGAGGAUGAAAUACCCAAACGAGAAGGAAGAUAUGAUAAUGCUGAGAUCAAUCAUCGACGUCAACCUCCCGAAAUUUCUGAACCAGGACAUUCCCUUGUUCAACGGCAUCACAUCCGAUCUCUUUCCUGGAGUGAGAUUGCCAAAUCCGGAGAAUAAUAUCUUGAAGAAUGCUAUUUUAAAGGCCUGCGAAGUCAUGAAUUUGCAGUGCACAGAUUAUUUUAUGGAGAAAAUUUUGCAGAUCUACGAAAUGAUGAUAGUCAGACACGGAUUCAUGAUCGUUGGCGAACCGUUCGCUGGCAAGUCGAGCAGUUAUAAAGUUCUUGCCACAGCACUAGAGGAUAUAGCGUCUCAGGGUUUGAUGGAUGAGAACAGAGCGCAGUACAUAGUCAUCAACCCAAAAGCGAUUACAAUGGGACAGUUGUACGGAAGAUUUGAUCCGUCUGCAGAUCGCAAGUGGUUGAUUUUCGACGGACCUGUGGACGCGGUCUGGAUUGAGAGCAUGAACACGGUGCUAGACGACAACAAGAAGUUGUGUCUGAUGAGUGGCGAGAUCAUCCAGAUGUCGCCACAGAUGAGCCUCAUCUUCGAGCCGCUCGACCUCGAAGCUGCCUCACCGGCCACGUAUGUCGAUGCCUGCUUGAAGUUUGUCCGCAACGAAGUUAAGUGCAUCUUCAUCUUUUGUUUGAUUUGGUCCCUGGGUGCUACUGGCGAUUGGGAUAAGAAAGAAAAAUUUGACCUCCUCCUCAGACAAAUCGGUACAGACAUGACAAAGAACGACAUGCUGACGACUGCUCGCUCCCUAUUCCCUAACUUUGGCACGGUCUACAACUACAGGAUCACCAUGUCUCAGGGGGUCUACCAGUGGGUCAAGUGGAGUGAAAGUCUCCACAAAAUGCCCCCAAUACCCAGAGACGCCCUCUACAGCGAGAUUAUAACCCCCACUGAAAAUACAAAUUACCUACUGAAAAAGAUGAAUAAAGAUUUGUACAAGCCCAAUAUAAUGAACUUUUCAUCGCAAACUUCGGCCACUGAGACGCAGAACACGAUCAUGUCGAAACUUAUCAAGAGGAAGAAAGGAGUGUUUGGAGCUGCACCUAAUACAUAUUCUGUAAUUUUCGUUGACGACUUAAACAUGCCAGUGAAAGAAACAUAUGGCGCCCAACCUCCUAUUGAACUCUUAAGGCAGCUUCUCGAUCAGGGCAUCUGGUACGACCUCAAGACAGCAGAGCCAAUACAUUUGACGGGGGUGCAACUUGUGGUGGUCGCCAUAUCCUUUCAAGUCGCUUUCUUCGCCACUUCAACACGAUCACCAUCAACACGAUUUCCAGUAAACUUCACUAGCGCCGGUGUCGCGAUUGUGGACGCGACACUGUCCAUUUACAACCAGGCCAUCAAGACGCUACUGCCCACACCCUCCAAGUCUCACUACCUCUUCAAUCUGAGAGAUUUUAGCAGAGUUAUCCAAGGUGUAACGUUAUCAAGACCGUCUGCUUUUCCAACGGUUAAAGAUCUCCAAAGACUAUGGAUACACGAGGUCUUGAGGGUUUAUUACGAUCGUCUGGUAGACCGGGACGAUCAGGCCACAUUUUUUGACUUCUUAAAGAACGUCUCGAACGACAAACUGCUCACUAAGUUCGACGUCCUACUUGAAAGAUUGAUAGAAAAUGAUCUCAAAGACAACAAUUCUAGAUCUAUAACUGAAGAUGAUUUGCAUUCGUUGCUAUUUUGUGAUUUCAACGAAGGCCGGCAAGGGAAUUAUGCCGAAGUUUACAACGUCCAACAGUUGAGAGAGAUUGUGCAGAGCAGCGUUGACGAAUAUAAUGGCGUUAAUAAGACUCCUAUAACGAUUGUCUUGUUUAGAUUCGCCAUAGAACACCUGUGUAGAAUCUCUCGAAUUCUGAAGCAAUCGCGAAGUCACUGCUUGCUAGUGGGCAUGGGUGGAUCGGGUCGCAGUUCGCUGACGAAACUCGCUGCCUUCAUUGCAGAUUACGAACUUUUCCAGGUUGAAGUGACGAAGAGUUACUCAACGAAUGAAUGGAGGGAAGAUUUGAAAGGAAUUCUGAUGAAAGUUCUCAAGUACGGAGCUCCCGGGGUUUUCCUUUUCACAGAUAACCAGGCAACAUUUCUGGAAGAUAUAAACAACUUAUUGAACGCCGGCGAGGUUCCAAACUUAUUCAACGCCGAUGAAAAAGUUGCCAUAUGUGAGAAGAUGAGGGUUUUAGAUAAACAGCGAGACAAGUCCAAGCAAACUGAUGGAACGCCGAUAUCGUUAUUUAACAUGUUCAUUGAACAGUGCAGGGAUAACUUUCACAUCGUUCUUGUCAUGAGUCCCAUUGGGGACAGUUUCAGGAACAGGUUGAGGAAGUUUCCAGCUCUUAUAAACUGCUGCACCAUUGAUUGGUUGCAGAUUUGGCCUCAAGACGCCCUCAGAGCAGUAGCAACACAAUUUUUACGAGACUUAGACUUAGACAGCGACACCAAAGAAUCAUGCAUUAACCUGUGCAUGCAGUUUCAUCUGACAACUAUCGAACUGUCGAAAAGUUUUCAACUACAGUUAGGACGUCACAGUUACGUAACUCCUACGUCAUACCUCGGAUUGAUAAGCACUUUCUUAGACAUACUCAAUAAAAAGAGACAAGAAAUCUUACGAGUAAAAGAGCGAUACGAAGUAGGUUUAGAGAAACUGAAAUUCGCGGCGUCACAAGUCUCAGUGAUGCAGGACGAACUGACGCGUCUGCAGCCGCUUCUAGUUGUGGCCAGCAAGGAGGUUGACGUUGUCGUCGAGCAGAUUGAAAAAGACUCUAGCGAAGUUGAAGUCAUAGAGAAGGAAGAAUGCGACGCAGACUUAGCUGUAGCCCUGCCAGCUAUUAAUUCAGCUGUUACUGCUCUCAAUACGCUAACAUCAGCUGACAUAACGAUAGUGAGGUCAAUGAAGAACCCGCCGGCCGGCAUUAAAUUAGUCUUGGAGGCAGUUUGCGUACUGAAGGGCAUAAAACCGGAAAAGGUUACGACUAAGGAAGGAAAAAAGAUCUUAGAUUAUUGGAGGCCAUCUUUAAAAAUGUUGACUGACACUAAAUUCCUGGAGUCUCUCAUUAAUUUCGACAAGGAUAAUAUCCCGGUAGAGACGAUGAAGCAAAUAAGAGCAAACUACGCCACUAAUCCGGAUUUUGAUCCUGAGAAGAUAAAAUUUAUAUCCAGUGCUUGCGAAGGACUGUGUCGUUGGGCACUGGCCAUAGAGAAAUAUGAUCUAGUCAUAAAAGUAGUGGGUCCGAAGAAAGUGGCCCUGGCAGAGGCGGAGAACAAGAUGAAAAACGCCAUGGCCGUCCUGGGAAGAAAGAGGGAGAAACUGCAGGAGGUGCAGAGCAAGCUGGCCCGCAUGAACGCCGUCCUCAGCAUUAAUAGGGAGAAAAAGUUGAGGCUUGAGCAGCAGGUUUUAGAGUGCAGUCAGAAGUUGACUCGAGCCGAACAGCUGAUAGGGGGUUUGGGAGGAGAGAAAGAUAGAUGGAAUGUGACCGCCCAGCUGAUGAGCGUCAAGUAUUUCACCAUAACUGGAGAUGUCCUGCUGUCAUCGGCUAUCAUCGCCUACAUGGGACCUUUUACUUCCUCCUUCAGACAAGAGCAAAUAUUACUGUGGAAAAGAUUAACAAGAAACUCCCUCAUACCAUUGUCCGAAGAUUUUUCACUGGCGAACAUUCUGGGAGAUCCAGUGCAGAUUAGGAGCUGGAAGAUUUUCGGACUGCCAUCCGAUGAAUUUUCAAUAGAUAACGGAAUAAUUAUAAGCCAAACGAACAGAUGGCCUCUGAUGAUAGAUCCACAAGGCCAAGCAAACAGAUUCAUCAAAAAGUUAGAGAAAAAGAACAACUUAAGCGUCGUCAAGUUAACCGAUUUCGACUUAGCUAGAACCCUAGAAAGUGGAAUUCAGUUUGGGACGUCGGUUCUUUUAGAAAAUAUCGGCGAGGAGUUAGACCCUUUACUAGAACCUCUCCUAAUGAAGCAAACCUUCAAACAGGGCGGCACAACUUGCAUCAAGUUAGGAGAUAACGUCAUCGAAUUCAGUCAAGAUUUCAGAUUUUUCAUCACCACUAAGUUGCGAAAUCCUCACUUUAUGCCUGAGGUUGCUGUAAAAGUGACUCUACUGAAUUUUAUGAUAACAACAGAAGGGUUGGACGAUCAGUUGUUGGGAAUUGUAGUUGCUAGAGAGCGUCCAGAGUUGGAGGAGGAGAGGAAUCUGUUGAUCGUCCAGAGUGCCGAAAAUAAGAAACAGUUGCAGCAAGUUGAAGAUUCUAUAUUGAGAGUGUUGUCGACCUCGCAAGGGAACAUUCUAGAGGAUGAGUCAGCCAUUAAGAUUCUCUCUGAUUCUAAAAAUUUGGCCAACGAAAUAACCGAGAAACAAGCUGUGGCUGACAAAACAGAAGCCAAAAUAAAUUUAGCUCGCGACGCAUACAGACCGAUAGCCAGAUACACUACUAUACUAUUUUUUUGCGUGGUUGAUUUAGCCGAUAUCGAUCCUAUGUACCAAAAUUCGUUAACUUGGUUUAUCAACUUGUUCGUCAUGGCCAUUGAGAAGGCGGUUGUUUCUGAAAAUUUGCAACAGAGGAUUGAAAAUUUAAAGUCUUAUUUCACUUACUCCCUCUACUGUAAUGUCUGUAGAUCGCUCUUCGAGAAAGAUAAGCACCUCUUCUCAUUCCAUCUGAUUGCAAGUCUACUGAAAUUUGAGAAACUGAUCGAUGAUGAAGAAUUUAAUUUCUUCCUUACUGGCGGCGUGAGUUUGGAGACUGCAAACAGAAAUCCAACUAACUGGCUCCCUGACUCCAACUGGAAUGAGUUACUACGUCUCAAUGAACUUAAUGAAACGUACUCGGGCAUCAAGGACCACCUCACAGAACAUGAAGAUGAGUGGAGAGCUAUUUAUGAUGCUCUUAACCCAGAAUUGAACCCGGUCCCUCAGAAAUAUCUCCACCUAACUGAUCUUCAACGAAUGCUUGUACUUAGAGCACUAAGACCAGAUAAAGUUAUGGUAGCAGUCAGUGAGUUCAUCAUGGCGAACAUGGGCAGGCAGUUUGUUGAACCUCCCCCGUUCGAUUUAUUUGAAUCUUACAACGACAGCAAUGCGUUCUCGCCGCUGAUUUUUAUCCUCUCACCCGGAUCUGAUCCUAUAGCUGCACUUCUGGCUUUCGCUGAAGAUAAAGGUUACGGUGGUUCAAAGCUAGAGUCUCUAUCAUUAGGUCAAGGUCAGGGCCCCAUAGCUAUGAAGAUGAUUGCAAGGGCCAUAAAGGAAGGAACGUGGGUCGUCCUGCAAAACUGUCACCUGGCCCCCUCUUGGAUGGGCACAUUGGAAAAGUUGUGUGAGGAAUUCUCUCCAGAAACAUGCCAUCCUGAUUUUAGGCUCUGGCUGACGAGUUAUCCUACCGAUACGUUUCCAGUUAGCAUUCUUCAAAAUGGCGUCAAAAUGACCAAACAACCCCCCAAGGGACUCAGGUUCAACCUUCUUAGAUCUUACAACAUGUCUCCGAUUAGGGAUCCGGAAUUUUUUAACGGCUCUACUAAACCGGCAAUCUGGAAAAAGUUGCUGUUCGGCCUGUGUUUCUUCCACGCCCAAGUUCAAGAAAGAAAGAAAUUUGGAGCUAUAGGUUGGAACAUCCAGUACGAAUUCAACGAGGCUGACCUUAAAAUAUCAGUCCAACAGCUGGCUAUGUUCCUCAAUGAAUAUGAGGAAGUACAGUUCGAAGCGCUAAAGUACUUAACAGGAGAAUGUAACUAUGGCGGUCGAGUUACUGACAACUGGGACAGGAGAACCCUGAAGACAAUACUCGAUAAGUACUACUGUAAAGAAAUCAUUGAGCAAGAUAGGUACUACUUCGACGAAAGCAAGUUCUAUUACGCCCCGGACGAGGAAAAUACACAAUACAAAGACUACGAAGUAAACCACGUACAAAAAGAGUACGAAGAUUACAUAGAAUACAUCAAAAAUCUCCCAUUCACUGUCCAUCCAAACAUAUUUGGCCUGCAUGCCAAUGUUGACAUUACGAAAGAUCAGAACGAGGCCAAGUUAUUCUUCGAAACAAUGAACAUUAUAAAGCGAGUAUCCGUGAAAGGAAAAUCAGCCGAGCAAGUAGUGAUGGAGAUUGCGUCGAGUAUCUACGAACGAUUGCCUUUGGAUUUCGAUCCGAGACUGGCUAUCGAUAAAUAUCCGACAUCUUACAAGCAGAGCAUGAAUACGGUUCUCGUGCAAGAGAUGGGUCGAUUCAAUAAACUCUUAACUACUAUCAAAUCGAGUCUCGUUAAUGUUCAGAAAGCUAUUCAGGGUUUAGUAGUGAUGUCGAGUGAUAUGGAGGAGGUAGUGGUCAGUUUGCUGACCAACAAAGUUCCGAGUAUGUGGAUGAAAAAAUCCUACCCAUCUUUGAAACCGCUUGCUAGUUACGUCACUGACUUUCUGGCUAGGUUGAAUUUUCUUCAGGACUGGUUUGAAAACCAUGCCCCUUCUAUUUUCUGGCUAUCCGGAUUUUUCUUUACGCAGGCAUUCUUAACAGGAGUUCAACAGAAUUUCGCGCGCAAAUACACGAUCCCGAUCGACCAUUUGACCUUUUGUUACAAGGUUAUCGGGGAGGUCAGCCAAUACAAUGAUCCCCCGGAAGAUGGUGCCUACAUACACGGAUUGUUUCUAGAUGGAGCGAGAUGGGAUAGGACAUCGAAAUAUUUGGCCGAAUCUCUGCCUAAAAUUCUCUACGAUCCUAUGCCUGUGAUCUGGUUGCUUCCUUGUAAGAAGUCAGAUUCCUCAACCAAGAACACUUACAAGGCUCCAGUCUACAAGACCCUGGAACGCCGAGGGGUCCUCUCGACUACGGGGCACUCCACUAAUUUCGUGAUAGCCAUGAAUAUCCCUAGUAAGAAACCAAAUGAACACUGGAUUGCUAGGGGCGUUGCGUUAAUAUGCCAACUGGAUAAUUAAAUUAUAUUAUCUAGCUAUUAUUAUUCUUUAUUACUGUUACUUCGUUGGAUGACUUAUAGGUUAAAAGGUUUCGAUUUUAUUUUAAAGUUCUUUUCGAGUAGAAUUUAAUAAAGUUUUUCUUUUCCAAAA